CCUUUAUUUCAGGAUUCUUGCCUCCUUAUGUCCGUUUACGUGAUAGGAGAUGCGGAUCCAAACUCCUUGGAUUUUUUUGUUUUCGAGAGCCGUAACCCUAGUUCCAAUUCUACCCUAUCUCUAGCGCUAAUUCCUAAGAAUCCAAGAAAAGUUUCUUCAUAUCGCCACCAAUUAUACGAAUGCAAUGUGGAUCCGAUCGAGGGAGGAUUAAAUUGAGGCUUUGACGAUUAAGUCGGGCUUGGGUUUGGAAGGAGAAGGGUAAAGAGAUGGACGGGUGGAGGUGCUUUUGCUGGAAUAGAGGAAUCACCUCCGACCUCGACCCUCGUGAGCCGGAGCCCUUCUCCCUCCCCUUGCCUGUCCCCCAAUGGCCCAAAGGUGAAGGCUUUGCUCAGGGAAAAAUAUGUAUAGGAGAAUUGGAGCUUGUAGAGAUUACCAAAUUCCAGAGCAUCUGGAGCUGCAUGUCAUCAGAGGAUAAGAGCAAAGGAGCUACAUUUUUCAAACCCGUAGGGUUACCAGAUGGCUUUUUGAGCCUUGGUCAUUAUGCCCAAACAAAUGAUCAACCUUUGCGUGGGUUUGUUCUUGCAGCAAGAGAAUCUUUGGCUUGUAAUGUGGCAGAUCUACCAGCUCUCCAGAAACCCAUAGAUUACAUGCUUGUAUGGAGUUCAAAUAUAUGGAAUGAUGAUAAUUGUUAUGGAUGUGGCUAUUUCUGGCUUCCAAGCCCUCCAGAAUACUAUAAAGCUGUGGGCUUUGUGGUCACUAAAGAACCCCAAAAGCCCUCACUCGAUGAAGUCAGGUGUGUUCGAGCUGAUCUUACAGAUGAAGGUGAGACUCAUGGUUUAAUACUUGAUACAGAGUCCAUGAAUUCAAAGGUUCCUUUCCGAGUAUGUAGCACACGACCUUCAAAUCGGGGGAUGUGGGGAAAAGGUAUUUCUGUCGGAACAUUCUGCUGCAGUACUGCAAGGAGCUCUGACUAUCGGCCAAACAUUUUUUGCUUGAAGAAUGUCAAUUUCUCUCUGCAUGCAAUGCCAAAUUUGGAGCAGAUCCAUGCACUUAUCAAGCAUUAUGGCCCCACUGUUUUCUUCCAUCCGAAAGAGAUUUAUUUGCCUUCAUCAGUUUCAUGGUUUUUCAAAAAUGGGGCUACUAUUUAUAAGAGAGGGGAGUCGGUUGGAGAAGCUAUUGAUGCCAAUGGUUCAAAUCUCCCUAGUGGAGGGGAAAAUGAUGGAGCAUACUGGAUAGAUUUACCAGAUGAUGAUAAGAACAGUCAUGUCAAGCAUGGAAACCUAGAAAGUGCACAGCUCUAUGCUCAUGUCAAGGCAGCUCUUGGAGGUACCUUCACAGAUAUUGCAAUGUGGGUGUUUUGCCCCUUUAAUGGCCCUGCCACCAUCAAGAUUGGGCCAGUAAAUAUUUCUCUUGACAAGAUAGGACAACAUGUCGGAGAUUGGGAGCAUUUCACGCUUCGAAUAAGCAAUUUUACAGGUGAACUUUGGACUAUAUAUUACUCUCAACACAGUGGUGGGGAGUGGGUUGACACCACCAGCUUGGAGUUUAUUCAAGGUAACAAAGCAGUUGUAUACUCGUCCAAGAGUGGACAUGCCAGCUUCCCACAUCCUGGGAACUACAUACAAGGGUCCCAAACACUUGGAAUAGGCGUGAGGAAUGAUGCUGCUCGAAGCAAACUUGUUUUGGAUUCUAGUGUCAAUUACCAGAUUAUUGCAGCAGAGUAUCUUGGGAGUAUAGUGACCGAGCCACCUUGGUUGCAGUACAUGAGGGAGUGGGGUCCAACUAUUAUUUAUAAUUCAAGAUCAGAGUUGGAGAAGAUACUUGGUUAUUUACCCUUGAAUCUCAGGUUUUCAGUGGAGAACAUUUUUGAUAAGCUUCCAACGGAGUUAUACGGGGAGGAAGGACCUACGGGUCCUAAGGAAAAGAACAACUGGGAGGGCGAUGAAAGAGGCUAGCCUUGUGAUUGUCUCUCUCUAGGUGUGGCUGUUACAUCAGUUUUGUAUAUUACAGGGAGCAGAAACUUUUGGAGUAUUUAUUACAUUUUCUCGUCCGUUUUCUGUAUAUUUGGAGAUGUUUGUGAUAGAGCUAUCUUGGUGGCAUUAAUUGAAAGAUGUUUGGGAUACUUAGCAGCCAACGAUCAGAACUCAGUAGUCAGCAUCGGGUUCUAGGUUGUGGAUACAUUUGCUGUAUUUCUAGUUUAGCUGUAUCAUGAAGGAUAGACCAGGCCACGUCGAAGCAACAAAAGGGCCAUGUUCCCAAUUCUGUGUGAUAUUUUUCUUUGGAUUCACGUAACACCACUUUUCCAGUUCUUUCAUAAUUUGUGUGGUAUUCUUCUUUAGGUUCAUGUAUAAUACACCCAAAAGAGAGUGAAGGCAUUGAGAUCUUAGUCCUGUAAGAAUAUAAAUGUAGUGUAACAUUUUAUUCUGCAGUUAAUUAGUUGCAUGUAUGA